GGAAGGCGAGUUUGUGGCUUUGCGGUGUGGUUUACGCCGAGAUCACAGCUCCGAGCGCCUGGGGGUGGGAGCAGAAGGAGGAAAGGGCGCCCGAUGCCAGCUGCCAACAUGACAGAGACGCUGCAGCUCCCGGCGCUGCGGGUCCCCGAGCAGCAGCAGGUGCUGGAGGGCGGCUGCGCCUGGUCCAGCUCGUCCACCCCGACCCUGCGCAGGAGGCGCUUCAAGAUGAGGAGGAUGAAGAACGUGCAGGAGCAGAGCCUGGAGGCCGGCAGGUGCCCGGAGUCGCCUUCCUCCAGCAAGGAAUACCUGCAGCUCCCCUCCAUUGAGAUCACCCCGUCCAGUGACGAGGACACCCCCUGGUCCAACUGCUCCACUCCCAGCGCCUCCCCGCGCCGCAAGCGCUUCCUCCUUCGGAAGUGGCUGCGCGUCCGAGAGAAGAAGGAGUGCAGUGAGAGCAGCAGCCAGCAGAGCAGCCAGCAGAGCAGCCACGACGAUGACUCCGCGCGGUUCCUGAGCCCCUCCGUGCGCGAGGACAGCACCGCCAGUAACUCCAACCGCAGCACGCCCGCCUGCUCCCCGAUCCUGCGCAAACGCUCGCGCUCGCCCACGCCGCAGGACGCCCAGGGGGACGCCAUGGUGGAGAAGGGCUCCGACCACUCCUCGGACAAGUCGCCGUCCACGCCGGAGCAGGGCGUCCAGAGGAGCUGCUCCUCACAGUCAGGCCGCAGCGGGGCCAAGAACUCCAAGAAAAGCCAGAGUUGGUAUAAUGUGCUGAGCCCCACGUACAAGCAGCGCAAUGAGGAUUUCAGGAAACUCUUCAAGCAGCUCCCGGACACCGAGCGCCUCAUCGUGGAUUACUCAUGUGCCCUCCAGAGGGACAUUCUCCUGCAGGGCCGCCUCUACCUCUCCGAGAACUGGAUCUGCUUCUACAGCAACAUCUUCCGCUGGGAGACACUGCUGACAGUUCGCUUGAAGGACAUCUGCUCCAUGACCAAGGAGAAGACAGCCCGGCUCAUUCCCAAUGCCAUCCAAGUUUGCACUGACACUGAAAAGCACUUUUUUACCUCCUUUGGGGCCCGGGACAGGACGUACAUGAUGAUGUUCAGACUCUGGCAGAACGCUCUGCUUGACAAGCCCCUGUGCCCCAAGGAGCUCUGGCACUUUGUCCACCAGUGCUACGGCAACGAGCUGGGGCUGACCAGCGACGACGAAGACUACGUGCCUCCUGAUGAUGACUUCAACACCAUGGGCUACUGCGAAGAAAUCCCCGUGGAGGAGAAUGAAGUCAACGACAGCUCCUCCAAGAGCAGCAUGGAGGCCAAGCCCGAAGCCAGCCCUCAGCUGCCAAAGAAAUCUGUCACUGCCAGCACCCUGACCUCCACGGGCAGCAGUGAAGCCCCAGCCUCGUUCGAUGGAGUGCUCCCAGAGGAGGAGGAGGCAGUGGCAGAGAGUCCUGUGGAGAAGGACCUUGGCAUUGCCAACAUCAUGGGAGAGAAAAUCGACAUCAUUGGCCCUGUGAACUCCCCCUCCCUGGACUUCAAUGACAACGAGGACAUUCCCACAGAGCUCAGUGACUCCUCAGACACCCAUGAUGAAGGGGAGGUCCAAGCCUUUUAUGAGGACCUGAACGGCCGCCAGUACGUGAACGAGGUGUUCAACUUCAGCGUGGACAAGCUCUACGACCUGCUCUUCACUGACUCCCAGUUCCAGAGGGACUUCAUGGAGCAGCGCCGCUUCUCUGACAUCAUCUUUCACCCCUGGAAGAAGGAGGAAAACGGCAAUCAGACCAGAGUGAUCCUGUACACCAUCACCCUCACCAACCCUCUGGCCCCCAAAACUGCCACAGUCACUGAGACUCAGACGAUGUACAAGGCCAGCCAGGAGAGCGAGUGCUAUGUCAUCGAUGCCGAGGUGCUGACCCACGACGUCCCCUACCACGAUUAUUUCUACACCAUCAACCGCUACACCUUGACUCGCGUCGCCAGAAACAAAAGCCGGCUCAGGGUUUCCACAGAAUUGCGCUACAGGAAGCAGCCGUGGGGGCUGGUGAAAUCCUUCAUUGAGAAGAACUUUUGGAGCGGCCUGGAGGAUUAUUUCCGUCACUUGGAGAGCGAGCUGACCAAAACAGAGAGCACGUACCUGGCUGAGGUGCACAGACAAUCCCCCAAAGAGAAGGUGAGCAAGCAAUCCACGGUGCGGCGGCGGAAACGCGCCCACGCCCACCUGAGGGUGCCACACCUGGAGGAGGUGCUCAGCCCCGUGACCACCCCCACGGAUGAGGAGGUCGCCCAUCGAAUCAAGCACGUGGCAGGUUCCACUCAGACGCGGCACAUCCCUGAGGAGAGCCCCAGUGGCUUCCACCUGCAGAGUGUCUCCAAGCUGCUCCUUGUCAUCAGCUUUGUUCUGGUGCUGCUGGUCAUUCUCAACAUGAUGCUGUUCUACAAGCUCUGGAUGUUGGAGUACACCACGCAGACGCUGACGGCGUGGCAGGGCCUGAGGCUGCAGGAGAGGUUACCCCAGUCUCAGACAGAGUGGGCCCAGUUGCUGGAGUCCCAGCAGAAGUACCACGACUCCGAGCUGCAGAAAUGGCGCGAGAUCAUCAAAUCCUCCGUGAUGCUCCUGGACCAGAUGAAGGAUUCUCUAAUAAACCUCCAGAAUGGAAUCGGGUCCAGGGACUUCGGGUCAGAUCCAGAGGAGAAAAGGAAACGUUUCCAUUGACAGGCAGGAAUGCAGGAGGCCAGAGGACGGUGUGCAAUAUGUGUAAAUAGGAUAUAUAAAUAUAUAUAUAAAUAUAUAUAUAUAUAUACAGAUAUAAAUAUAUAUAUUAUAUACAGAUUUUAAGAGAAAAACAAAAAAAGAAAAAAAACCAAGAAAAAAAAAAAGCCUAAAGAGGGGAAGGAGUGACCUCCAACACUGGCUGAACUGGAGGGGCUCUGGGAGUGUGGGGUGUGUGUGUGAGGGAGGGCUGUGCUCUCCCAGCACUGGGGUGUGCUUAGGGCAGUGCCCAGCUCUGCUCCCUGAGCCCGUGCACUGCUCCUCUGUAAUAUUGCUGUCUGUCUGUCUGUCUGUCUGUUCUGUUUCUGUUGUCUCAAAGGGAAGCAUCAGUGUGAGUGCCCCCCAUCCCCUCCCUGUGCAUGGAGCUCCCUGCUUUGCUCUGCUGUCCCCCAAGGGGACACUGUCACCCCCUCACCUGCUGGCACACAGGGUUGGCACUGCUGCCAGUGCUGGCAAAGCUGCUUUGGAGAGCAUGGGGAGCUGCUGUGGCUCUCUGGAGGGCAGAUCCCCCCGGCAGGAUUUUGGAAUUUGCUGUCAGGCUGGCUCAGAGAGCAGAGCACAGAGCUGCAAUCCCUUCCACAACCCCCCUGUGCUGCUCCUGCCCCCCAGGUGAGUGUGACAGUGUGACAGUGUCCCCUUUACCUGUGCUCUGCCACCCCUGUGCUGCAGGUCUGCAUCGGCGCUGGAAUCACCACCCAGAUUUAAACACAAAACCAAAAUUAGGAUGGAUUUGCACACACUCCCACCACCCAGCUCAGCAAAUCUCUCUCCUGUUUGUUCACCCAGCCCUUGUCUUGUUAAAUCUUGUUAAAUCUGGAAAAAAGGGGGAAAAAACAACAGCUUCCUUUCCUUGCCUGGGAUAAAUUCACAUAAUUGUAUCUAUGCAGCAACAGCCAUCACUGUGCACAUUUAUGUGGCUGCAUCUGUGGAGCAACAAGGCUUCCAAAAACCCAGGAGAGGUCAGGAAGGGCCACAGGGAGCAAGGGAGGGCAGGAAAAAGGGUCCAUCAGAGGGUGGCAGGGCAGAGCUGGCUGUGAGGCACACACACCAGCCCUGGAGGGCAGCCAGGUGCUGGAGCUGCACUCGAAGCCAGCCAAAUGUUCAUUUUGUGCUCUUCUGGGGGAGAAUUCCAGACUCCAUUAGCAGCCAGGUGGGGAAGAGGGGCAGCUUGGCUGUGUGUGCAAUGCACAAACUCCACAGGGACUGCAGUGGGGGUGAGGCUGCUUCUUGGAGGGUUUCGUAAAGCAUUUGGCCUCUUCCCCAGCCAAGUGGAUGAGGGGAAUGUGAUUUUUCCACCUUCUGAGUGGCAGGAGGGAGGCAGCUGCACAUCCCCAGUGUGGAGAUGGUGCAGGUGUGACUCCUCCAGGAUGAAUAAUUGGUCUCACACCCUUCUGUAGCACAGAAUAUCCUCAGUGCAGCCUGAGGAAAACCCUCCAAGCUCCCCCUUCCCAAUGGAUGCAGGAGUAACCUGCUGAUUCCUCCCCAUGCCCCACACCAGAUCCCAUGUGCAGGAGCAUGGAUGGAGCCAGCCCAUCAAAAGGACAUUUCAGACAUUGUGACAGCAAGCUCCAGCUGGGGAAAACCAGACAGUAAUGGCUAUUUAUGACUAUUUAUUUAAUUUAAUGCUGCUGACUACUGUACUGCUCUCUGGCUUCUCUCCCAGGGAGGCUGCUGAAAUGGCUGCUGUACCAUGGAAUUGAGGUGCUAGGGCCUGGGGAGGGAUUCCUGGGGCUCACUUUCCCCACUGUGACUUGCCAGACUGCCCCAGAGUCCCCCUUUCCCCUUUCCCCACUCCCACAAUUACCAAGCACACAGGAUCCCCCUGCUGCUGCGAUUUCCCUCUGCUGGAAUUGAAUUCCAAGCCCCAAGCAGGAGGCACAGAGGAAGCCCUGGGAUCCAGGAGAGAGCACACUGAAAGGGGAACCUGGAAUGGGGGGUCUCCUCCACCUGGAGACAGAGAAAUCAGAGAUAGAUGCUGCUGAUCAGUGUUUGCUGCUCACAUUCUCUCUGUUAGGGAGGCAAGGAAUCCUUUUUCUCACCCUAAAUCCUUCCUCCUGUGCAGAUUUCCACUGCAGGCUCAGGAUGACCCCUCAGGCUGGGCCCCAGAGACAGAACUAAUUAAAAUCACUGUUUAAAAUCACUGUUUAAAAUCACUGUUUAAAGCUCUGUUAAUCAGGCCAGGCAGCUGUAGCAAUCCCAACACUGAUAUUUGUCCUACUUGCACAUUAAAAUGUUUUUUUUUAAAAUUGUUUGUCACCUAUCCUGGCACUCAGCAAUGUGAAAUCCUUCAGUGGGAGCACAAGGGCACCAAGCAGAACCUGCCCUUCACACUGAGGGAGGUUUCUCUUUGGGGCUUUAGGGAUUUUAGUUUUUUUCCAGUUAUUUCUUUUUCCCACUUGGCCGCCUUGGAGUUGGAUGGGAUUCACAAUCUUGUUUUGCCUCUUAGUCUCUCACAGUAGUGAUAAAAGGGGAAAAGCAAGGUCUUAAAGCACUGAGGGUGAGGGUUUAGAGAAAACCUUGGAGUUUUCAGUUCCUCUGGAGAGCUGGGACAGGAAUCAGCUGCCCCUGAGCAGUCCCAGCUGACAUUAACUCCCAGGUCCAUUCCUGCUGGAGCCAAUUCUGGAUUCCGUUUCCUGGAGGGAUCAGUGACACUUUCUAGGAGUGAGAGGCCUGGGUGAUGUUACAGAGGGUGCUGCUGCCCCAGCUCUCACACCAGGCAGGGUUUGGCUUCUCCCCCUGCUCACCCACCACAAACCCCCCUGCAUUCUUUCCAGGUGCAUUUCCCCUCCCAGCCUGACCCUUCCACCUGCACAGCUGUUGGGUUUGGUUUGCAGGAGCUGAACAACCACCAAAACAGGGAAUUUUUAAAUUAUUUUCAUUUUUUAAAAGGCAUUUCCCCAGCCAGGCAUGCACAAGCAAUGCCAACAGCUUGUAGGCUAAUUCCUGCUAAGGAAGAUGCUUUCGGUUUGAUUUGCAGGAGCUGAACAACCACCAAAACAGGGAAUUUUUAAAUUAUUUUCAUUUUUCAAAAGGCAUUUCCCCAGCCAAGCAUCACAAGCAAUGCCAACAGCUUGUAGCCUAAUUCCUGCUAAGGAAGAUUCUUCCUGUUGGGAGAAGGGGGAGAAGGAGGCUCUGAUCCACCAGUUUGUGACACAAACCUUGGCACAGCCUCACCCCUGAUAAAUACACACCUUAUCUCAGCUUAUCUUAGAGCUCUGGCAGCUGGAUUUGAGCCCUGGAUCAGUGCAACCAGGCAUUUCCUGAGCGGAUACCAGAGGUUUCUGCCUGUGCAGCCUCUGAGGGACCAAACACCAGGUGAUUCCAGGUGGAGCUGCCCAAGGCAGGGGCAGAGAGUGAGUAUGGGAAAAUAAAAGGCAGAGAGGCAUUUGCAGUGGAAGGAGUUGCUGCGGGUUGACAGGAUAAUGAGGUUUUGGGUGCUCUGCACUCCAGGCACUCCUCAGUCACCAAACUGUGCUGUGAGCUCAAACUGACUGAUCCUGGCUUGUGUCUGAGCCCUCCCUGCCUCGCUGGAGUCCUUUGGGAGAGGAGAGGAGAGACACAAGCCUUUGCUGUCCCCUGAGCUGCCCGUGUGACACAGAGGCUGCAUUUACACCUCUGGCUGCUGGAUAGUUCUAAACCAGAAACUUUAGGCGCAGGAAAUGUCUCCAGUGCUGUGUGACCCUGGGCUGGCAGAGGAAAGGUCUCAGAGCACAAGGCUUUGCUGGGUUUGGAGCCCUGAAGGCACAAAGCUGCCGCUGAGAUAACAGGGCAUGUAUUCCCCUCUAGGAAUGCUAAUCCUGGAAUGCUAAUCCUUGUCCUUAUCAGACAGCUUCAGCAGCUCACCUGGGUGUAGAUAAGGACAGAUUUUCAGCCUCCUUGGCUCCUCAGCACUGUCCUGGCAGUGACAUAAGAGUCUGUUCUUACCUUUAUGAAACAAGGUGGAAAUUUCUUCUCCAGCAAGUGGCUGGAGACGCUUUGCCUCAGGGUACUGGAGACCUUUGGUGUUUGCUCUGGUGUGCUGCAGCAGCUGUUCUCCCCGGGAGCACAGAAACAAACUCCUGAUGUACAGCUGGAACUGUCUGCUUCCACAUUCCACAGAAAAUCAAUCUUAAAAUCACUGUUGAAAGCAGCAGUGCCUGGCUCAGGGGGGCAGCUCUGUCCUGUGUGCCCAGGCAGCUGCUGCCACCCCCAGCUCUUGGCAGAUGAGUGCUUUGUGCACUGCCUGCUCAGCUCCAAGGGGCUCUGCCCACGGAUCUCACCGACACAGCCCAUGGCACAGCCCCCUGGGCUCUGGAUUUGUCCUUUCAGCCUCAGCACCACUUAAAAUACCUGGCAGGGGCUUGCUUAAAACACAGCUCAGUACAGAGACUCUGGGACAAAAGCUCCUGAGGGAAAUGGCUCACAGGGCACCUGUGCCAGGGUGGUUCCUGUGCUGAUUUUCUGUCUAUUCCCCCACUGGACAUGGUUGGAGCUCUGUGGCUCACAGGGCACCUGUGCCAGGGUAGCUCCUGUGUUCUCUGGUUUCUGUGGCUCACACAACACUUGUACCAGGGUGAUUCCUGUGCUGAUUUUCCAGCCAUUUCUCCACUGGACAUGCUUUGAUCUCUGUGGCUCACAAAACACCUAUGGCAGGGUGGUUCCUGUGCUGAUUUUCAGCCUGUUCUCCACUGGACAUGGUUGGAGCUCUGUGGCUCACUGAAU